AUGAUUUCUUUGAAAUUUUAAUUGAUACUUUUAUGGUUAUUUAUCGAGACAAAAUGUGUUGACUUAUGUAGAGAAAAAUAAAGUUAUUAAAGUUGCAUUGAAAGUGAUGAUGAAAAGUGUAAAUGGGAUAGUAUUAGAAGGCUUUGUGAAAUAACUUAUGAUUACUAAAUUGGGUGUAGUUUGAGUUUGAAUAGGAGAGGUUGUGUUAAAUAAAUAGGAAAUAUGUUAGGAGAACUAGCUAGAUGUAUUAAGUCUUCUAUAAAUAAGGCCGUUUUAAAACAGUAUGUGAAGUAAUUCCGAAUUUUCAAACGGAGUAAUGUUAAAAUAAUUUAUCUAAAUUUGGAUGUUUAUCAAUUUAGAAUCGAGAACAGGUUUGCUAUUGGAAAGAUGGAAAUUGUUAUUUAUUAUAGCAAAACUAAUGGGAUUAAAUUUAAAAAGACUUUGGUUUAUAAUAAUAUAGUGCUUCAGCUUGUUAUCUAAUAGAACAUUAUUUAAUAAUUCACAGUACUAUUUUAUGGGACUUGAUAUAAUAUACUCCAAAUUUAUUCACAGAGGCUGACAAUUAAUUCAAAAAAGAGAUGGGUUUAGAUAUUGAUAAUAAUAUAAAUUACGACGAUCCUAAUUCAGUUUUUUUACAGAAUAAUUAUAGACAUUUGAAUGGAACUUUUGUGUGGUUUACAUAUAGAGAAUCAAAAACAAUAACACGUACAAAUUGUAAGAUAUAGAUACAAAUAAAAAUAGUGUAGAUAUCUGACAGAUAAAGAGAGGGAUGUAUAGCAUUAGAGAUUGAAAAUGACAGCGAUUAUUUAAAUCUUAUAAGAGUGACAGAUGAGAAGAGAGGGAUCAAUCAUAUAUAUUGUAAAUAUUUAAAUAGAAAUCCUUCUAUAACAGAUGAAUAUGUGUUUUCAGAUGGAGUUUGUAAGAAAUUCAUAAAGUCUGAUUUGAAUAAGGAAGAAAAGUUAAUAGAAUUUGAUUUGAGCUGCAAAUAAUUAGAUUAGUAUUAAUGCAUAUAUUUUGAUUCACAAUUUAAAAGAUGUAAAAUAAUGGGAAAUGAAUAUGAGUAUCCAUGUAUAAAAUUGGAGUAAGAUUAUGUAGCUGAUUGUGAAAAUAGUUAUUGUACUGUUAAAUAAUGCUAAUAAUUAUAGGAACAUUACAUAGAUACAGAUACAAAUAGAUGUAGUAAUAAUUGUUCUGGAUUCUUUUUAAAUAGUUAAAAUACUUGUGAGGCAGUGAAAGGAUGUAUAUACUUAGGAACAACUUACAUAGAUUUAGUAAAGACUUGUUCACCUAAGUAUGGAUGUGAUUAAAUUGGCAUUGAAAGAAUGUAUUGUAAAUACUUAAAUGAUCGAUGUGGAUGGAAUGAAGAAUUGUAAAGAUGUUAUAGAAUAAAUGAUCAAUAAAUAAAACUUAUGAAAUGCAAUUAAGCUUUUAAUGCAAAAUCUUGUAUAUAAAUAACUUUAAGUGAUUAACUUUGUUUCUGGGAUGGUCUUGAAUGUAAGAAUGUUUUAGAAUAACCUAUCUUAAUAGCUUAAAGAUCUUUAAUAGAUUCUGAUAAUCCUGAUUAUUGGUAUUUUUACUUUAGAAAAAUAAGUAACAUAAAUUUUUGUAAAUAUCAUUUAACUAUUCCCACUGAAUAUAAUCUAAGUGAAGGAAAAUGCUAUUUUCUGACAUCUUAAGCAAAUGAUCUAACUCUUAUUAAUAGAUAUUCAUGUAUUUACACUUAACCAGGUUUUAAAAAAUGGGAUUAAUAACAAUAAGUAUGUUUAGCCCUCUUAGAAAAAGAUGUUGCAGAAUUAAAUUGUAAUGAGCAAGUAUUAGCUAAUGAGAAAAUUUGUUAAAAAUCUAAAGUAUCAAAAUCAAAUCUGGUUUGUACAUUUGAUAAAGAUAGCAACUCUUGUCAAGAAUUAGAUAUAGUGGAUAUCGAGUCUUUUGGAUGUUAAGGAUAUGGCUUUUCCAAAGAAGUAUGUGUGUCCAAAUAGAAAUCUGGAAUAUAUUGUUAAUUUUUAGGCGGAUAAUGUAAAUCUAUUGAUGAGUCUUAUAUUAAUUCUAUUCUUUGCUCAUCUCUUUAAAAUGUAAAUUCAUAAGUGUGUAAAUUAUACUCAUCUGAAUCAACAGUAUGCUUAUAUGAUUUAUCAAUCAAUUCCUGUUACACUCCUAGUGCUUUUACAUAAAUUACUUAUGAUCCUUUAAUCAAUAGAUUCGGUUGCUAAAAAGUUUAGGAUGCUUUCACAUAUUUUGAUUUGGAUUCAAAGUAAUGCAUUUAAUUUAAUGAAAAUGAUACUAUUUAAUUAUCAAACCUAGACUGCAAUUCUAAUUUCGUUAAUCAAAAAACUUGUUUGGCCAUCAUCAAAAAAGGGUAGCAUUGCUAUUGGGAUACUAAUUAAAAUUAAUGUUAGAACUAUUCUCAGUAUUCUCUAAAUUGUUCUGAUUAUGCUAAUUUUACAAGUAGAAUUUGUUAAGCACUUGUAUCUGAUGUAUCAAAACAAUUUACUAAAGAUAAUUAUUGUACUUACAUAGAUAAUUAAUGUUAAUCCAAUCCUACUAUCUUAAUUGAUUGUGGAGAAUCUGAACAAAUGAACAUACAUCGAUGUAAUGGUCUAACCGGUUUGAAUUAACAAGGAGAGUAUAUUUAAAUGUGUGCAUUUAUUAAUCAUAAAUGUACUACUUUAAUUGAAGAUUCUAUGGAUGCCUAUCUACUCUUAAAUAUUAUACAAUGUUCAUAAGCUAAUUUAAGAGCUUGUACCAGAGUUUAGACAAAUGGAAACUAUUGUUAACUUAUAAAUAAUGUUUCAAGCAAUAAUUUCAUCAUCGAUAAGAAAUGUAUAUAGAUUGAUAAUAUGACUCAAUCUUGCCAAACUAUUAAUACAAAUUUUUCAAAAAAUGAAAUAAAUCCCAAUCAUUGUUCUAGAGCUAAUGAUAGUUGUCUUUAUGAUGAAUCUACUGGAUGCUCCAAACCAACUAAUGCUGAUUUAGAAUGUGAUACUAUUGGAUUAUCUUAUUUAGGAUGUAUUCAAAAUACUUAAAAUCAUAGGUGUGCAUUUUAUAAUUAGAAAUGUCAAUAUUUAGCAUCUUAUUAAAUAAUAUCUAAUUGCAAAUAUCUAAAUUAAUUUGCAUGUUCUUAUUAUUAAUUUUUAAAAUGUUAUUGGAAUGGUAAUGUUUGUACUACUUCUUAAAAUUAUACUACAUAAUAUGGAAGUGAUUAUACUUGCUCUUUGAUCUCAAGUAACUAAUUUUUUGUUUCAAAUGGAUUAACAUGCUUAGAAGAAGAAUAAAUAUCUAAUUUUGAACUAUAUACUUGUGAUAGUCCAUUAAAUUAAUUUGCAUGUGGAUCUAUUCAAAAUUAAUAUUGUCAAUUUAUUGAAAAUUAAUGUCAAUUUUAUGCUUCUACUUUAUGUGAAGAUUCAGUGACAUAAUGUGGUUUAAACAAUUCUUCGGACUUAAAAUGUGUUUUGAAAAAUGGAUAAUGUUUUCAUCAUCCUUAUACAAACUAUUAUUGCGAUUUUUUUGAAUAAACAAAUUAUGAAUUUUGUCGUUAAUAUCAUGAUUGUAUUUAUGUCAAUUAAAAAUGUUAACCAAUAUAUUAAACUUAAAAUUAUUGGUAUUGUUAUUCUUAUCCUUUACAUAAAUGCAUUCUUUAAAAUAAAUAAUUUGCAUGUACAUGGGAAGAUGAUGAAUGUGUAGACUUUUAUCAAGAAACAUGUCCAUCACUCGAGGGAUUUCAUUCAUAUAAUGCUUGUACUAAAUUUGAUAAUUGUAUAUAUGGAUAUACAAAAAGUGGAUUAGGUUUUUGUUAUUAAGAUAAAGAUUUUGACUCUUUAACAUGCGAAUAACUUAGUGAAAGUUUAUGUUUAGAAGAUUUACAUCAUUUAAAUUCUUCCCUUUAAUGUUAUUGGGAUGAAUCUUGUAAAAAUAUUUAAAAUACAUCAAUAACGGAUUGCCAAUCUCUUUUAAACUUUUAAUCAAGUUAUGGUGCAUGUAUAUAAAUGAAUUAAGAAGAAUGUAAAUAUUCAUUCACAGAUAAAAAAUGUAAACUUAUUAAAGAAUAUGAUGAUUCAACAGUUUGCUNAAUGGAAACUAUUGUUAACUUAUAAAUAAUGUUUCAAGCAAUAAUUUCAUCAUCGAUAAGAAAUGUAUAUAGAUUGAUAAUAUGACUCAAUCUUGCCAAACUAUUAAUACAAAUUUUUCAAAAAAUGAAAUAAAUCCCAAUCAUUGUUCUAGAGCUAAUGAUAGUUGUCUUUAUGAUGAAUCUACUGGAUGCUCCAAACCAACUAAUGCUGAUUUAGAAUGUGAUACUAUUGGAUUAUCUUAUUUAGGAUGUAUUCAAAAUACUUAAAAUCAUAGGUGUGCAUUUUAUAAUUAGAAAUGUCAAUAUUUAGCAUCUUAUUAAAUAAUAUCUAAUUGCAAAUAUCUAAAUUAAUUUGCAUGUUCUUAUUAUUAAUUUUUAAAAUGUUAUUGGAAUGGUAAUGUUUGUACUACUUCUUAAAAUUAUACUACAUAAUAUGGAAGUGAUUAUACUUGCUCUUUGAUCUCAAGUAACUAAUUUUUUGUUUCAAAUGGAUUAACAUGCUUAGAAGAAGAAUAAAUAUCUAAUUUUGAACUAUAUACUUGUGAUAGUCCAUUAAAUUAAUUUGCAUGUGGAUCUAUUCAAAAUUAAUAUUGUCAAUUUAUUGAAAAUUAAUGUCAAUUUUAUGCUUCUACUUUAUGUGAAGAUUCAGUGACAUAAUGUGGUUUAAACAAUUCUUCGGACUUAAAAUGUGUUUUGAAAAAUGGAUAAUGUUUUCAUCAUCCUUAUACAAACUAUUAUUGCGAUUUUUUUGAAUAAACAAAUUAUGAAUUUUGUCGUUAAUAUCAUGAUUGUAUUUAUGUCAAUUAAAAAUGUUAACCAAUAUAUUAAACUUAAAAUUAUUGGUAUUGUUAUUCUUAUCCUUUACAUAAAUGCAUUCUUUAAAAUAAAUAAUUUGCAUGUACAUGGGAAGAUGAUGAAUGUGUAGACUUUUAUCAAGAAACAUGUCCAUCACUCGAGGGAUUUCAUUCAUAUAAUGCUUGUACUAAAUUUGAUAAUUGUAUAUAUGGAUAUACAAAAAGUGGAUUAGGUUUUUGUUAUUAAGAUAAAGAUUUUGACUCUUUAACAUGCGAAUAACUUAGUGAAAGUUUAUGUUUAGAAGAUUUACAUCAUUUAAAUUCUUCCCUUUAAUGUUAUUGGGAUGAAUCUUGUAAAAAUAUUUAAAAUACAUCAAUAACGGAUUGCCAAUCUCUUUUAAACUUUUAAUCAAGUUAUGGUGCAUGUAUAUAAAUGAAUUAAGAAGAAUGUAAAUAUUCAUUCACAGAUAAAAAAUGUAAACUUAUUAAAGAAUAUGAUGAUUCAACAGUUUGCUAAGGAACAACUUUAAAGUAAUGUUCUCAGAUAAGAAAUACUUGUUAUUUUAAUGGAUCAAAUUGUUAAAUAAAGGGAUUAGUAGAAUAAUUAAAUAAAUUUGGAUGUCUUAAUUAAGUUGGUUAAUGGAAAUUUGAAUAUUUUAAAUGCCAUAAAAUAAUUAAUGAGAUUCAAUAAAGCUGCAUAAAUUUAUCAAAAGAAGCCUGCCUAAGUGAUUUAACAAAAGAAUUGAGUUGUAAAUGGAGCGAUAGCAAAUGCUUGAAUACACUUAAAAAUGAAAAUAAAAGAAUGAUUUCAUGUAAGAAUUUGAAUCAAAGAGCUUGUGAGAAUGUCCAUCUAUCAAAUAUCAGAUGUAUUUGGAAUAAAGAAAAGAAGAGUUGUGAUGUAUAUGAAAUGAUUGAUACAGAUUGUACUCUUGAAAAUAUAGAAAUAACAACAUCAAUCAGUGUAUGUUCGAGUUCAAUAACAAAAAGUUGUGUGAGACAUUAUGACAAAAAUAAAUGCACAGAAAUUAAUAUGAAAGUGGCAAGCUGUAAUGUUUUUGGAUUGAAUAUGAAAGGGUGUUUAUAAUAAACAACUGUACCAUGUUAAUGGAUUUAAAUUGGAGAUGGAGGGUAUUGUGAUAAUGCAAAUCUUUACAUUGUAAAAUGUAUAGAGUUGUUAAAUUAAUCAGCAUGUGAAACAAUUCAAACUCCUGGUUAAACUUGCAAGUGGGAACAAUCAAUUUAAGAAUGUGCUGAUGAAGUUGUUACAUCUUGUGAAUCUGCCACUAUACUUCAUUCACAUAAUGCUUGUAAGGCUAUUACUGUCGAACCUUGCUAUUACGAUCCAUUUUAAAUGUCAUGCAAUAAAGUCUUUUUACAACCUAAUACUUGUUCUAAUUAUUAUAAUUCUUUGGCUUGUGAAAUAUCUACAGAAAAUUGCAUAUGGCUAAAUAACAGUUGUAGUUACUGCAACUAUUAUACUUGCUUCUAAUAUAAAACUGAAAGUAAAUGUCUCAAUAGCAAUAUAAUUAAUUGUCAAUGGUUGGAUAAUAAAUGUGUAGACUUUAAACCACUUUCAGUUUAAGUUGAUUGCACAUAGCUCCCAAUUAAUAUUAAUAACAAUGCUUGUCGUCUUAACUCUAUUGAUCCAUGUAUAUUUGAUUCUUAACUAUUGUAAUGUGUAUCUAACCAAGAUAGAUCACAAGCCAAUAGUUGGAAAACAAUGUCAGAAUUAUUAGAACAUCAAGAUUCAAAUCUUCAAUCAUCUCUUUUACAAGGUACCUGUGAAAAUCUUCAUAAUGAAAUAAAUUGUAAAAAAUCUCGAAUUCCAAAUAAAUCAUGCAUUUGGAAAGGAUCAUGUAAAGAAGUGAUUGAUUUCAGUAUUUUAUUUUGUACUGAUUAAUUAAAUAUUUGGGGAUGUUUGAAUAUUACUAAUGAGGACUAAUAAUGUAUAUGGAGAGAUUCUAUUUGUUAAGAUUGGGACUAAUCUUUCAACGUAAUGGAAAAUGUUAAUAAAAAUGUUUGUAUUCACAAUAGUAUUAAUUGUGUAUACGAAUACAAUUCUUGUGUAGAAAAAUCAAUUGAUGAAAUAUAAUGUUAACAAGAUGGAGUUAGUAAGAUAACAUGUUUAUCAAUUCCCAAUAAAUAAUGUUAAUGGAUAAAUUCUUGUACAGAUUUCACUUUAUCGAAUUAACAAAAAUGUUCUGAUUUUUAAAAUGUAUCAAUUUAUGUUUGUCAAAUGUUACCUAAUUUGUCAUGUGGUUAUGAUUUCGAUAAAAAAAGUUGUGAGAAUAUUUCAAACGAAACACUUUUUUCAGGUAUAUCUAGAUUGGCUUGUAUUUCCAAUAAGAAUCUUCCAACAUAUUGGAAUGGACAGAAAUGUUAAGAAUUACUUGAUUAUAUUGAAUGCGAUACACCACUAGUAGUUAAUGAAUUAGUAUGCAUUUUGAAGGUUAGAAAUACAGCAUGUAUGUAUGAUUAAAUAAAAAAUAAAUGUACAAGCAGAUUCAAUAUUUGGUCAUUGAGAUGCAAUAGUAAAGGUUUGAAUUUGUUAGGUUGUUCUAAAAUUGAACAAGAACCUUGUAUUUUUAAGGAUAAUAGAUGUCAGGCCUUUACUGAGGUUUCAUAAAUUUGUAUGUUUAUUAGUUUAGUAAAUUCUAAAGCAUGCGCAUCAGUGUUAAAUUAAAACUGUUCUUAUGAUUCAAUAAAUUUAAAAUGUUAAACUCCUUUAAUAAAUGAGAAUUAUUGUAAUAUUGAUGGGAUUAAUAAAAAUUUUUGUCAUACUAAUUCUCUUUGUUUAUGGAAUCAGGAUAAUUUGAAUUGCAAGUGUAAAUCUGAUUAGGAGGUAGAAAGAUGUUAAUUAAUAAAUAUAUCAGAAUGCAAAUAAAAUAAUCGUUGCUAUUUUGAUAUUGAUAUUUAAAAGUGUGUUAAAAAAUAAUGCCAUCAUCUUAAGGAAGACGAAUGUAAUUCAAUUAUAGAUUAUAAAACUUGUUAUUUGAGUUUAAAGAAUGGUUGUUAACCAGCUAUUAAAUGUGAAGAUAUUAUUGAUCCUAAAAACUCUUGUUAGACAAUUUAUAUAAAUUCUUAGCCAUGUCUGUAAGCUGGAUAAUUUUGUGUUACUGUAAACAAUUAUAGUUUAUCAUGUCCAUAUUCAGAUUGCUCAAAUUCAAAUUGUAUAUAUUAUUAAGGAAUCUGCAAACAAAAGAUAUGUGAUGACUAUCCUGCUUCAGAAUGCUAAUUAAAUGAGGGUUGUUAUUUAGAUUAAGAGAAUAAUUGUCAACAAUUACUUAGGUGUAGUCAAAUCACCUCAGAAAUCUAUGGAGAAUUAGUUACCAACAUUUGUAAUUUAUCAGCAGUUGACGGUCUUAAAUGCAAUUGGUAGAAGUAUGCUUUAUUAGAUGAUAUAGAGAUAUGUACUAAUCAAUAUUGCGAGUAUUUUUUCAUUAUUUAUUAUUUUAGGAUGUACGGCUCAUCUAAUACACUUUGUUAAGGUAAUGAAAUUAAUGGAUAUUCAUGUGUUCUAUUUAAUGACUUAAUUUGCAAAUAAUGUGAAUCUAUUAUAGAAUCAUGUUUAUGUAAUUCAUAAACCAAUACUUGUCUCUAUCAAAAUGGAAAAUGUAAUUCUAUUCUUUGUUCCUCUUUUUUGACAAAACAAGCCUGUUUAUAAGCUUAAGAUCGUUGUUAUUGGAGUAUUAACUCUUAAGAAAAUAUUGAAAUAUGUGUAAAGUAAUGUGAGAAAAUCAUUGAUUAAAAUGAAUGUAAUAGUAGAUUUAAUGAAUGCUAUUUUGAGAACUAAAAUGGAUUAUGUGUUAAAGGAUAAAAAUAAAUUCCAAAUUUAAGCUCAGACAUUAUUAUAGAAGAAUUUUAUGCAGUUUUCAUCUCAUAAUACAUAUAUCUGAUUUUCAUUAUUUUUAUUUGA